GUGAACCUACUCGAUUUAGGGCUUAUUGUCGCCGGGCAAAGAAGACGGAUUGUAAAUGGAGAAUUCAUGUUGGGAGGUUGGAUGACCAAGAAACUAUGGAGGUCAAAGUUCAUGUGCAGGAGCACACUUGUUCUAGCGCAAAGAAGAAAAAGAAGCAGAAAAAUGCUUCAAAGGCAUGGGUGUGUGAGAAAGUCAUGGACUGGGUAAAAGAAGAUCCUAGUGUUCGGCCGAUGGAGUUACGGAGGAGGCUACAUGACAAGUACAAGAUCAACGUCCAAUACAUGAAAGUAUUCCAUGGCAAAGGGCUAGCAAUGGCUAAGUUGUUUGGUAACUGGGAUGAUUCUUUUGACAAGCUAUAUGCUUGGAAAGCUGAGGUUGAGAAGAGGUCUCCUGGAAGCAUAGUUGCGAUUGACCACAUGGAGUAUGAUCAGAAAAAAUAUUUCAUACGGAUGUUUGUUGGGCUGAAGCCUUUGUGCGAUGGAUUCUUGGCUGGCUGCAGACCUUACUUGGCGAUAGAUAGCACUCAUUUGACAGGCAAGUACAGAGGCCAAUUAGCUACUGCUUGUGCCGUUGAUGGGCACAAUUGGUUGUAUCCUGUAGUCUAUGGAGUUAUUGACUCAGAAACUACUGAAAGUUGGGUGUGGUUUUUGGAGAAGCUUCGUGAUGCUAUUGGCUCUCCCCCUGGUCUAGCUAUAUGUUCAGAUGCGGGAAAAGGGAUUGACACUGCAAUCGAACAGGUCUUUGGGUAUGCAGAACAUAGAGAAUGCAUGCGGCAUUUGGUUGUGAACUUCAAGAAAAAGUUUCAUGGUAAAGUUUUUGAUGAUCAUUUGUGGCCGGCUGCUUAUUCAUGGACUCCUCGAGGGUUUGACUAUCACAUGGCAGCCAUAGAGGAGAAAAAGGCUGCUGCAAUAGCAUAUUUAAACAAGUACCACAGCAGGCUAUGGUCAAGGAGCAAAUAUUCAACCUCCUAAAAAGUGGAUUAUGUGACAAAUAAUUUGGCCGAGUGUUUCAACAACUAGAUCCGCAAGCACAAAGGUCUCAUGUUGUUUCAGCUCAUGGACAAGAUCAGGAGAAAGAUUACUGUCAAGUUUGAGAAGAGGAGAAGGGUAGCUAGAAAAUUUCAAGGUCGACGUAUACUUCCAAGUGUCAUGAAGGAGUUGAAUGACAUAAGCAGGGGGCUGGACAUUGAAUAUGAGAGAAUAGAUGACAU